AUGAGCACACAAAGGUGCGGCCUCAUCAGUGCCAUAUUUGCAAGAAGUCAUACGCCCGAAGGUAAGAAGAAGUACCGCACCCAUGGGAUGCAUAUAGCCAGCUCACCCCACAGCGAUGUCCUGUAUCGUCAUUACAAGAACCAUGGUCCAGAAGCUAUGAAGCUGUCAGAAAGAUCCAAGGCGAAGAAGGGACAUAAGCAAAUCAGUUCGCCGGAAGGGCCAUUGCAAGAUCAGCACGUCGAUAAUGCUAGCCUGGACGGAAGCUCGAGUUCCCACAGAAGCCCAAACGGAUCGCAAGGAUUACAAGAAGGACUCUCCGAGUGGAAUAUCAUCGUCGCUACUACUGUUCAACAGCCAUCGCCAGAUGUGUCGAACAACUCAACUGGAUCUUGGUCGCAUCAUGAGUCCAACGCUGGCGUUCCAGCCGAUAACCCCGGUCAUGUCACGCCGGAUGACCAGGCAGGUCCAGAGUCUGAGGAUAAUCCUCCUGCCACGGCCAUGCAGACUCAUCUCACAAAUCCGGAGCAGGCGCUGAUUAGCUCACACGUCGUAAGCAAUGGAGUGUGUGCCCCAUUGGAAAUUGCGAUGACAAUACCUCCCCAACGAGGACCUUUGUUGACAGGCAGCACAAUCCCACAGACUAUGGGCGAAUUGCACUACCCCUUCUCACAAGCUGAGGAAACGGGUACGCCGAUGGUCCUAGAUGGAGGGAGUCCUUUCACCCUGCCUCAAGAGGAUUGGUGGCUUUCCUUUGGCGAUUUCGAUAUGUCGACAGUUCCCAAUGUCACAACGCUGGAUGCACGAGAAGUGAUUGUGGACGGUAACGGCAAUAGAAUCUCUCCCUUUCCUCCAGCUGAUGAUGAAGUUCACUCAGGUAAAAACAGCCAUGAUGAUCCUACGACUCCAUUGAGCAAGCAGCUUCCACGAUUGCAGCACGUGUGGGCUCGGCGGUCAAGUGAAGCAUCAAAACCCAUGGCGAACCUGUGGCAUGCCUUGUCUACAGGGAAGGGUUUAUUCGGUAAUCUUGAAGAUAGUCCCAUCAGUAACUCUAACAACAAAGUGAGACGGUAUCGCACCUUGGACAGCGAAACGAGGCACCAGGUGUGCGAUGUAUUCCAGUCCAUGCUGAUAUCAACCACUGGCGAUGUGUCUGUGUCUUUGCCUGCACCUGAGUCGGUAGAAAUUGCUUACGAGCACUACUGGAUACAUCAACACAAUGUUGUGCCAGUGAUUCACGCUCCAACAUUUCAAGCGGAAAAGGCCCCUUUGGACCUGGUGGUGACCAUGUGUACGAUUGGUUUCAGUGUUAUGGGGACUCCAGAGCUCAAUCGUCUGGUUGACAGAGCAUACCCAAGUCUUCUGAAGCGGAUAUCAGAGCUCCUACAAACAUUGGAAAACAACGAGAACAUGAAAUUGACAGAUCGACUUGAGACGAUGAUAACUGUUUUACUUACACUGAACCUUGGUGCAAUCAAUAGCAAUCGAGACGGUUUUACAGAUACCGAGCCUAUGUACGCUACGCUACAUUCUAGGCUACUGAAUAGAGCGCAAAAGGAUGGUUUAUUCGCGGCAGACAAGCUUCCUCCUUCUUUAACAGCACUGAUAUCACUCCCCACAGAAGGCAAACGCUGGAGAGUCUGGGGAAGCGUGGAGUCCGUCAAGCGCCUCAUAUUAAACCUUCUGCAACUCGACUGCUGGUUUACAGUAUUUUUCGCCACGGAGCCAACAUUGCAAAUAGACGCAGUCUACGUCAUGCCCGUAUGCGACAGUGAACUCUUCGAAGCUGGCAUCUUGGAAAGAUGGUGCCAGAUGCGACCCGACUUUCAUCAAAUGGCCUACCCCGUUGUAUCAGCGAGCUACUCUAAAACACCCGGAGUCGCUAGAAGUUACGAUAUGAUGUACACACUACUCAUGAUACUCCAGCUACGCUUUUCUGCUGCGUCAUUAGUCGUUGAACGAGCCACGCAACAUGGCGAUGCCCCGCCAUCUUCACCUCCCUGGAAGGUCUUUGGUCGUGAUAUCCGCACAAAAUGCUUAGUUGGCUUGACUGUUGACUUAGUCAGGGCGGCUAUACCGAAAGACCGUAACUUCGAGAUGAACUCGGCUGUAUCAUGGCAUGCAUUGUGUUUAUCUCUUACUGCCAACAUCCGAUUGCUUGAAACGGCCGCCGGGCGCUCCGGCCCCGAAGCGGCUUCCCAAGCUAUGAAAGAGGUAUCAGUGUGGGCACAGACGCCCACAGCGCGACGAGCUGCUUUACAUGCAGCGCAUAUCUUUUACCUACUUUUUAAGCGCCGUUUUAGCGAUCCAGUUAAGCUGCACACCAUUAUUAGUCUUUUCCAAGCCGCCCUUGUCUUAGGGUUUUACAUAUGCGCUCGAAAACACCCAGACACUCCCCAAGUCUUCCACGUCUACGAUACUAUCAAUUGGGCGGACCUCGGUGUUUUUGGGCUGACUGAUGAGGCUCCGGACUUACCGCCUGAGAUUAUGCAACUCCCCGAGGCUCAGUACAUUGUACAGGAACAGACUAUUGCUUUUGGAAACUUUAUUAUCACGUCUGGGAUAACAGAGGCACGUAAAUGCUGGCUACAGUUUGCGUCGCUGAUGAUAGGACUGGGUAGGUGGAAAUCGCGUACAUUUUCACGCAUUCUCCACGUUAUGUGUGAUAACCUGUCGGAGGGAGAGUCAGCAGCAGAUGGCAACAAUGGUGAAAAGCCCUGA